UGAGGAUAUUUUUGACGGGUUUUAUUUGGAUAAUCAUUUUUCUUUAAGAACAUUGGAUAAUCAAUAGUUUAAAAGACCAAAAUGACGAUAAAAUUAUAAUCAUACUUAUAACUCCGAUGUUAUAAGUUACAAAAAUAUUCUUAUGAAUUUUUUUUUUUCUUUUUUUACAUGGUCAGUUUCUUUACUCCUGCUUUAAGUUGUUCGUCGCUUGCUAUACUGCGCUAGUCAACAAGCUUAAGCUGAAACUCCAAAACAAAACAAAAGGAAAGUCGAAAUAAAUUCCACUUGAGAUUCGUCUAUCAGAGAACGUCGUUUUCUUCAAACGACGACAAACAUGAAUCUCGUUUCAACAAUCCAAACACUCUUCGUCUCCUUCUUCUUCGUCUUCUUCUUCAAGCCUUCGCUCUCUCUCCGAACCCUGACCUCCGAUCCGUGCGAUUCGACGGCAUUGCGGGACCCACGAACUCUCCGGUCGGACCAAAUCACGGUACUGAUCAACGGCUACUCCGAGUCCCGCAUCCCUCUCCUCCAAUCCCUCGCCGCCACGUACUCCGCCUCUCCGCUCGUCUCCGCCGUGUUCAUUCUCUGGGGAAACCCCUCCACUCCGUCCCAAACCCUAGCCGAAUUCUCCCACAAUCUCACCGCUUUCUCCUUCGGAUCCGCUCCGAUCUCCCUGAUCCGCCAAUCCUCGCCCAGCCUCAACGCGCGGUUCCUCCCCAGACCGUCCAUCGCCACCGUCGCUGUCCUGAUCUGCGACGACGACGUCGAGAUCGACGCGAAAUCGUUCGCCUUCGCCUUCAGGGUGUGGGAAUCGAAUCCGGACCGUCUGAUCGGGUUCUUCGCGAGAUCGCACGACAUCGAUUUGACGAGGAAGAAGUGGAUCUACACCAUCCAUCCGGACAAGUACUCGAUCGUGCUGACGAAGUUCAUGAUCUUGAAGAACCGGUACCUGUUCGAGUACAGCUGCGGAGGCGGCUCUGCGAUGGCGCGUGCGAGGAGCGUGGUCGACCGGGCCCGUAACUGCGAGGAUAUACUGAUGAAUUUUGUGGUGGCGGAGGAGACGGGGGCCGGGCCGGUUUUGGUGGGGGCUAACUGGGCCCGGGAUUGGGGAGAUGCGAGAAAUGAGGAUAUUGGUGAUGGUGAUGGACGGCGGGGAUUGAGCGGAACGGUGGCUCAGGUGGGGCUGAGCAGUAGGAGAGCGGAGCACAGGAAGAGGAGAGGGGAGUGUAUAAGUGAGUUUCAUAGAGUUCUUGGGAAAAUGGCUUUGAGGUAUAGUUAUGGCAAGGUUGUAAAUUCCGUCGGUGAACAGGGGCUUUGUCAGAAAGGAGGGAAACUAGUGUUCUGUGAUCAGAAUUAAUUUUGAGUUUAUUUCAGGAAAAAAAAAAAGAAUUAAUUUUUAGUGUUG